GCUGUGGUGUGCUGGUGUGUUACCCUCCUCAGCCUUCCCUUUCGGUAUAACGCCAUUACUCCUGCAUAAAUAGAAUGCCACUUUCGUCUAAUGUAGCUCCAUUAAAAUCAUCAUUGCAGGCAGAAAAAGAGUGAAAGUUUGUCCGGUUCCUGUUGAUUGUUCUCCCUGGCACCUUUUGUUAUGGAUACACCAUAGUUAACUUAUGGUUCAGUUUCCUGUGGCGGUCAGUGACAUUGUUGGACAAGUACCGGGGAGUGUCGCUGCUAUCUGCCUCUUGUUCAGUCAAAACAGCGAGUACACCCAUCAGACAAAUUGAAAAUUAAUCUCCGUCAGGACAUUACAGAAACACCACCGCUUUCAGGCCAGUACUGGCAAUACCUGGGCCGUCAGGACAGUACUAGAACACCUCGGCCAUCAGGACAGUACUAGAACACCUCGGCCAUCAGGACAGUACUAGAACACAUCGGCCAUCAGGACAGUACUUGAACACCACCGCCUUCAGGACAGUGCCCUUAUAAUGGUCAGAAACUCUUCAGUGUAAUAGUCCCUCACAGCCCAUCACCAUCUCUCUCUCUACAUUAAGAGACAUGUGGGGUGAGGGUCGAAGGUGGUGGAGAUGUAUGGGUGGUGGGCUUGGGGUGGGGUUGAUGGUGGUGUGGGUGGUGCGUGUGUGCUUGAUACUAACGAUAACCUUGCUGAUGCUGCUGGUGAGUCUACUACUGAAAAACAGAAUCACCCUGCAGGAGGCAGACGCAAGCAUCCCUGUCCAGGCCAACGUUUAUGCCUUCAAAGAGGCAUUGGAGGCAAGCGUUGGUGUAAGUGGAGACUCAGGAAAGUCUAGUGUCAAGGUGCUGCCUGGAUGUCCUUCUACCCCACCACACUUGGUCGGGGAGGUGAAGGUGGAGGAGAGCGUGACGGUGAAGGAAGCUGAGGCUCGUCACGGCGCCAGUGUAAAGUAUGGAGGCUUCUCCUGGCCUGAACACUGUGAGGCCCGCUGGAGUGUGGCUAUCAUCGUCCCAUAUAGAGACAGAGAGCAUCAGGUUGGUGCCUUCUUGAACCACAUGCACCCAUUCCUCCAACGACAACAACUCAACUACUCCAUCUACUUCGUCGAACAGGACGGCACGGAACUCUUCAACCGGGCCCGCCUGCUCAAUGUGGGAUUCUUGGAGUCCCAUAAGGAGGGGCCCUGGGACUGCUAUGCUUUCCACGACGUCGACAUGUUGCCUGAGAAUGACUAUCAUCUCUAUCACUGUUCAGCCCAACCACGUCACCUGGCUGUCGCUACCUCCAACAACAAGUACCGCAGCUCCCACGGUAUCCUCUACCAUACUUACUACGGGGGCGCGUGUCUCAUGGGGGAAGGACACAUCAGGAAGGUGAAUGGUUGGAGCAACAUCUACUGGGGUUGGGGAGGUGAGGACGAUGAUAUGUGGAGGCGUAUAACCUUCGCUGACAUGGCAGUCUGGAGGUAUCCGGCUCAUUUCGCCAAGUACAAGAUGAUCAAGCACAAACGUCAGAUCGUGAAUGAGGAUAGGUACAAGAUCCUCAAACGGAACACUGGAAGGUAUCCGUAUGAUGGCCUGAAGAAUCUUAACUACACCAUAAAGACGGUCACGCGACACCCGCUCUACACCCACAUCCUGGUUGACAUCGGCUCCUCCAGCGCUCAGGACGACCCCACUAACAAGAAGUUCUCAGGUCACAACAACAAGAAAACGUGACCCUUGAGAAUAGGUCGAGCGUUGAUAAUGUGACAGACACACCUACGCCAAAUAAUCGUUAAGUGGAAUGAUGUUACCAGGAUGAUAGAAAGGUUGUAAUAAGUUUCAGAUUCGUGACGUCUUUAGUCCAGGGGAAACCUCGGCAAGACAGAACAUAAAGUAAACAUAAGGAAAAUACAACGGCAUGAGUCUCAAAUAACGUAUCAAAAUCGCUUUAUUCGUUCGUGAAAAGUUGUGAAAAAAUAAUUCUGGCAGUGAUAUGUGAUAAUAUUAUUUAUUAAUCAGAAAAUAUUGCUCUUGAUGAGAUAUAUAAAACCUCAGACACAUAAAGCCUCGAUUUCUAGAUCUUUUUUUCCUGUGUAUCGGAUUUCACAUUUUCGCUGAGAUAAAUGUUAAUUUAUUUAAAGGAUUCAAUAAUUCAGUUAUUAGUAGGACUGUGUAUUAACUUGCAUCUGGUGUGUUGUGCUUUGGUAUAUGUUGAUUUUUUCCUUCACUAUUUACCUACAUUCAGCAAAAAAAAAAACUUAUAUACCGGAAACAUAACAAGCGGUAGAAGGGAUAUUUAUGAACACAUAACUAACAAGACUCUUGUAUUUAUAACACUUAAAAACAAUGAUAUGUUUAUUUGUUAACUUGACUAUUAGUCGCACCAGAAGUUCUGUACAACACAAUGUCACUGCCUCAUUGAAUGUACUCGCUGACGAAGACAAUUUUAUUUCCCUUCGAUGGGCUGUAUAAAAUUAUUUGUGUACAUAUCAAGGAUUCAAUGUAUGUCACCUCUCUCUGUAACUGAAUAUUACAGUAAUUGUUUCUACCAACGAUGUUGGGUCGUUACUCUUAACAACCGGCAAUUAAGAGCUUGACUACAGCUGACACCAUCCACACAUACCCUGGUAAUACAGAUAAAAAUAACAGUAACAACACUGAUGUUAGAUAUAUGACAAACAUUAAGAUACAGUAAACAUAUUCACACAGCCAAGUCUCUUUGUUUUCUUGUUUCUUCCUACCGCCAGUCUCAAUCUAUCUUUUUGUCUCUUUAAUUUCUUUUUCGUUUUGUCUGUUUUUCUAUGUUCAAUUCUAUCAUUUUCUAUGUCUGCGUUUCUUUAUAUCUUCCAAUGUCUCUAACCCUCACUGUCUGUCUGUAUGUCUGUCUGUCACUCUAUCAUGCAUCUCCGUGUUUGUCAACCUGGUAAAAAAAAAAACUAAAUACACCCAAUAAUUUCCCAAUCAGGAGAGUGUAAGACUCAGUCAUAGGUUCUCCAGCUAGGAAAAAAAAGUGACGUUCUUUGGUGCUUCGUCGUUGUGGCAAAGAAUCGUUCCAUGAUUACAGAGAUUAUAGCUGUUUGUUUACUCAGGUGAGACACAUAUACAGAAAAUUGUGCCCACUCAGGUCUUGCAGUAAUCUGGUUAAGUAAUGCGUUAGCUGGCUUAAAGAUGGUAAAGCGAGAGAGAGAGAGAGAGAGAGAGAGAGAGAGAGAGAGAGAGAGAGAGAGUUAAAAGCGUCUCCGUAGAAGGCGGCACAUCACUCAGCGGAAUUAAUUAUCCAUUUUUCUAUUUUUUCAAAGACACAAACUCUGCGUCAAAGAUAAUCGAUACGAAUUUCCUAUGCAUGUUAAUAUGUCUUUGAUGUUUCUAUUUUUGUUCCCUUUUUUCCCAGAAAAAUUUAAUUAAAUAAAGUCGCAAUCUACGACUCGCUAACCUAAGCUUAUUCUCAAAUGCAUAGCCACUCAGUGCUCGUGACCUCUUUACUGUACCUGGAGCAAUUUAGGUUAGGUUAGGUUAGGUUAGGUUAGGUUAUGUAUGAGGUUAUUUGUUUAUGUGUGAUUGUUAUGACCAGUCAUAAGUUAAAAAGAAAACAACUAAUCUUAUCUAGCCUACUUUAGGUAUAAUUUAGCUGUCAUAUGGUGGUAAACGACGUCUUAAUUAAAUCAAAACAAAUUCUACCAUAUACGAUUUAAUUUCCAAUAUAUUGUAGUAAUAAAGACACAAAGUUAUCCCUAUAUGGCAAAAAACGACAGUUGAUUUUUCAAUGCUAAUAAUACAGAUGAACCCACAAACUUUACAAUUGGUAAAACUGUUGAAUUUGUAUGAGAACGGAAACAAGUUUUUCGACCUCGAAUCUAUCUGGCGCUUCUGAUACCGAGAGAGAGAGAGAGAGAGAGAGAGAGAGAGAGAGAGAGAGAGAGAGUCACUUGUUAAUGUUUUGCUUUGACCUAAAUACGCCCACGAGCAGUGUCACACAAUACAGGUAUAACAUUUAUCAACUUUUAUUUUCGACAGUUGAAUUAGUAAAUGGAAUGUUUUGAAAUCUAAAUAAUGAAGGAGAGAACUGAAUAGGCUCUUUAAACUGUAUAUUGUGACACACAGCAUUUGAAAUUUAAUUAGCACACACAAAGGUUUCACAUGUGAUUUUUCCAACCUGGUUUGGUAUUCAGGGUAAGAGUAAUGCCACAUACAAAUGCACAAAAAGGGAAAAUAUUGACAAAUUAAAAUAAUCUCGCAAACUAAUUAUAUUACAUGUUUUAAAUCGAGGAAAAAAACCCAGAACAGGUACACGCACAGUUACAAGUGCAGGUACAGGUACAGUUACAUGUAUAGGGGCAUUUAUUUAUACCUAUAUAAGAACAGAUAUAGUUGUAACUACUGGUAAAAAAAAAAUCAAGAAAUGACACCAUAUAUUAUAGAGUUAAAAUUAGUGUAUCUUCUUGUAUGACAUCACCUCGCGCGUUUGUAUAUAAUUACAUCAAAAUAGGAAGAGUUCAGUCGUGAAUCAUAUAAUUUUGGACAAUUAUAGGGAUUAAAGGGAGGGGAAGCUGACAUGAAACUGUGUGAGCAGAUCAGGUAUCAAACCACAUUGGAAGUACUGUAAUUAUUUUUAGUACUUUAUCUGUUAUCCACAGUAAUCUGUAUGCUGAUGUCAAAUGGCUUAUGGUGGUUUUGGGUUAUGUAAGGCAAUCAGUUGUAACACCAGGAUUCCUGUUUCACAUGAUUAUCUUGCAUGAACUUAGGUGACCUGUGACUCUAGUGACCUCGAUUGACCCUUAUUAGCUUUGAUGAUCUCAAGUGAAUGCGGAGUACACGAGAUUCCCAUUUAAUUUGUAGUUCUCUGAGUUUUAAUGAAAUUUUCUUAAAAGUGGCGCCUUUACCCACCCGCCUCAGGUAGCAAGAGCUUCGAAAUGUAAAUAUAAAUAUGAAUAGUAAUCGAGGAGAACGUGUGAGAGUCAUUCAAUUUCACGGCCCGGGAUGUAGCUGGAUUAGAACAUCCUCAGCCAAAUACUGGGCAGGAGUCACAACCGGGAUCAUGUUAGGAUACACUGGGUCAUACAAGCUAACACAAGGUCAAAUGUGGUCACACUGGAGUACGUUAAUAUGUACUGUCUAUGACAAGUUUCUGUCCAUAUACUUAACAAAAAAUAUCGUCGUCACCUGAGCUAUAUGUGGUGUUAAUAGUGCCACUCUUUUAUCUUUGUAAUUCUACAGUUAAUCAUGCAAAAGUUGUAAUAACAUAUCAAGUUUACCUUAUUUUAUUUGUAGGGAACCAGAAAAAUAAAAAUUUAGACAUUAGCCUCUGCUGUUGGAGCGUUCCACCGCUGAACAGUAGCUGGAUUAGCCUUUACUCCCCGGCGACAUGAUGUAAACAAACACCAGCCACUGGAGGCGCUCCAGUCGAUCGAUUACACUGAGGUAAGGGAGAGUGGUGCAUCUUAUUGUAUGUACAGUAGUAUCGUUGAAACUAGUGGGUGGUGCAAUUUGUAAAGUAUUUCUUUUAUUCCCCCUAUACCUAUUUUAUCUAUAUUAUUACAGCUGAUAUGCGGUUAUGGUCGAGGUCAUCCCCAGUUUGUCAAAAAAAAAAAUAUUCAAAUCGGACUUCCUAUUGAGGAAAUAAUAUGAUAUAAAAAAUAUAAACCAUACAACGGCAAUAACCAUGCAAGUGAUUUACCAUUGUCCUAAAUAGCAAAUUAAAAUUAAUUACCGUUAAAAGCCACCGGUCUAGAUGAACCCGAAUAAAACUAAAUAAUUAU